CACACCCUUAAUUUCAACCGGAAACCGGAUAAAACAGGUUAACCAAGACCAGUCUCUCAAUAUAAGUAUGGCCACGGGAAGUAGAGACCAGUACUUGCACAGAGCACUCUCUAGCUAGCUACCACACCCAGUGUGAAAAAAACACAGAGCAAUUUCCACCGUUUAAUCUUUGAUCAGACAACAAAAUAUGCCGAUCAGAAACAUCGCCGUAGGCCACUACCAUGAGGCAACUCAGCCCGAUGCCUUGAGGGCAGCCUUGGCUGAGUUCAUCUCCACCCUUAUUUUUGUCUUUGCCGGUGAAGGGUCCGGCAUGGCCUUCGCCAAACUUACGGACGGUGCUGCCAACACACCCGCUGGACUUAUCGCUGCAGCUAUCGCCCAUGCUUUCGCUCUUUUCGUUGCUGUGUCUGUCGGUGCCAACAUCUCCGGUGGCCAUGUCAACCCUGCUGUUACUUUCGGAGCUUUUAUUGGUGGCAACAUCACCCUCUUGCGUGGCAUCCUUUACUGGAUCGCUCAGCUCCUGGGCUCCACUGUCGCUUGCUUGCUUCUCAAGUUCACCACUGGUGGCCUGGAAACCUCUGCUUUCGCUCUGUCCUCUGGGGUUGGUGUCUGGAACGCUUUCGUUCUCGAGAUCGUGAUGACCUUCGGGCUUGUAUACACAGUGUAUGCCACAGCUGUUGAUCCAAAGAAGGGUAACUUGGGGAUCAUAGCUCCAAUUGCAAUUGGUUUCAUUGUUGGUGCUAACAUUUUAGCUGGAGGUGCAUUUGAUGGAGCCUCAAUGAACCCAGCUGUGUCAUUCGGCCCUGCUUUGGUGAGCUGGACCUGGACCAACCACUGGGUCUACUGGGCAGGACCUUUGAUUGGCGGUGGACUUGCCGGGCUCAUUUAUGAGUUCUUCUUCAUUGGCUUCGGCAACCACGAGCAGUUGCCGACCGCUGACUACUAAAAAACAAGUGGAUGGCUAUAUGUGCAUGGGAUGGUUUUAAUUUCAGUGCCGCGGCUUUUUCUUUCCUUCUCUGUAUUUAUUUCUUAAUUACGAGGGUAUUUAAUUUUCCUGUCUUUCAUCUGUGAUCGUUUCAUCUUUCCCAUCAUCAUCAUCAUCAGACCACGGUGUGAUUUGUGUAUUCGAUCUUCUCCAGUUGUAAGAUUUUAUUUCCAGUCA